UCGAGCCGUGUCAAGUCGGCCGUGCUCAGUCCUGAAAGCGUUAAUCCUGUCGGCCGUCUUUCCCCGUUACUCCUGACAGUUUGUGUUUCUCGCCGUUGAUAACACAUCUCCGGAUUUUCAUGAAACGGACCGGAUCCUAGACAUAGGUAAAGGAACUUUUUAAAACAUUCAAUAUGGAGGAGGAAGAUUUCUCAAAGUUGUCAAUUGAGGAACGUUGCACCCAUAAGCUUUGGAAAGCUCGUCUAAGUGGGUACGAAGCUGCUGCAAAUCUAUUUAGGCAGAUCGACGAUGAAAAGUCACCGGAAUGGAACAAAUAUAUGAGCCUUGUGAAAAAGUUCGUUGUCGACAGUAAUGCACCAGCACAGGAAAAGGGUUUGGAAGCUGUUCUCGCGUUUGUUGAAAACUGUGCCUCGGCUGGAAAAACUGCUGGAGACGUCCUAGCAGGGCUGGUACAAAAAUGCAUAUCAGCACCUAAAGCGCGGACAAAGGAGUUGGCCUCACAAAUUGCUCUCAUGUACAUUGAAAUUGAAAAACAAGAAAUUGUACUCGAAGAGUUGAUGAAAGGUACAGAGUCAAAAAAUCCGAAAAUCGUGUCUGCUUCUAUCCAUAUUAUAAACCAGAGUCUGACUGAAUUUGGUGCUAAAACCGUAAGCAUAGGUAAGAUUUUGAAACGAGUUCCAAAACUUCUUGAGGAUCGUGACAACAAUGUCCGUGCAGAGGCCAAAUUAUUAUUGCUGGAAAUGUAUCGAUGGUUAGGACCUGCGAUAAAGUCACAGCUUUCUAACUUAAAACCAGUUCAGAUAACAGAAUUGGAUGCUGAGUAUGAAAAAAUCAAAGAUACUCCCGUCAAGGCUGUAAGGUUGCUUCGUUCUCAGCAGAUUAAAAAAGAUCAGGAAGUUAGAGACAAUGGUGGCGAUGAAGGUGAUGGAGAUGAAGUAUACGAACAAGCGGAGGAGAUUAAUCCAUACGAUCUUCUCGAUCCUGUUGAUAUUCUUGGUCAACUUCCAAAAGAUUUUUAUACCCAAUUAGAAGCUAAAAAGUGGUCUGAUAGAAAAGACGCUUUAGAAGCUUUAGAAAAAUUGUUAAAUUCAUCCCCUAAAAUUGAAAAUGCCGAUUAUGGCGAUUUAAUUAGAGCGCUUAAAAAGAUUAUUAGCAAGGAUUCCAACAUAGUUGUAGUAGGUCUUGCAAUAAAAUGCACCACAGGCUUAGCUAACGGUCUUAGAAAGAAAUUCCAUCAAUAUGCUUCUGUCAUGAUGGCAACAUUAUUCGAAAAAUUCAAGGAAAAGAAACAAAAUGUGGUCCUUGCUCUCAGGGAAGCAGUUGAUGCCAUUUUUCCCUCUACAUCCUUAGAACUCCUUCUGGAAGAUGUGAUAGUAAGCUUAGACAAUAAAAAUCCUAGUAUUAAGGCUGAAAUUGCUUCGUUUCUUGCGAGAUGUUUCGCAAAAUCCACAUCUGCUGCACUGAAUAAAAAAUUAUUGAAACCACUCACUAAAUCAUUGUUGAAAUGUCUAGUUGACCAAGACCCUGCAGUCAGAGAUAAUGCAGCACAAGCUUUGGGCACCGCAAUGAAAGCAGCUGGGGAAAAGAACAUCAACCCUUUCCUAGUAGAUGUCGACAACCAGAAAAUGGCAAAGAUUAAAGAAUGCUACGAGAAAGCGGAAAUUUUGGUCAAACCACCUAAACCACAAAGCACAAGAGCACCCAAGGAAGAGGCCGCAAAGAAAUCAACCCCUGAAUCGAAACCAGUGGCUAAAGUCGUCAGACCCAAAGGUGCUAGUUCAGUGCCUUCUGCUGUGAAUCAAAUGGCGGGUGUCUCCCUUUCGCAAGAAGAGUGUCUUCAAAAGGCUCAGUCUUUGUUAAACAGCUCUUUAAUAUCUGAUCUUACAGAUUCAGACAGCAGUACGCGAUUAAAUGCGUAUAUAUCUCUUCUUAAGGAAAUAAAAAGUUGUGAUGUUAAUGAAGAAACUGGUCAAAUAUUACUUCAUGUUCUCAAUUAUGCUCAAAUUGAGGAAACCGAACCAGAAAUAAUCAAAUUGAAAUUACAAACAAUGAAAUUUAUUGCUGAUACCAUGCCUCUUUUGCCAGACAUCGCAUCAGUAGUACUUCCUGAAGCAGCUGCGUUAAUUCUUAAACCUGAAUGUGGUGAAAAUGCCAUACAAGUUCUCUGGUCUUUCACAAAUUCUUUGUCUCUUGAUAAUGUCGCCAAUUCUCUACUUGCAAACGAGAAGGUUGUUAAUGAUUCGAAACUGUGGGCGGAAAUGUUAAACUGGCUGUCUUUUGCGAUUAUGAAAACUGGUGUUGUGAAUUCAGACUUUAUUGUAGACUGUGGAAAGAAAGCGUUGAACCAUAGUGAUUCAGCAGUUCGAAACGCUGGCUUGGCAUUGAUUGGAACGAUUCAUUUACAAGGUGGUAGUAAUAAUACAGGUGGUGAUGCCUCUCCGUUAAGAUCCACUGAUACUUUCACAAGGCCUGCAAAGAGUGCAAGCAGCUCAGAUAUUUCAAAACGUGCCAGAGAAAAGCCACAAUCAGCAGGUAAAUCUGGUGAAAAUGGGAAAUUGAAUAAAGCUGCUAGUAGUGAAAUUCUUUCUCGAAUUGAUAUUGGACCACAAAUAACAGAACAAAUUAUAAAUGAACUUAGCGAUAAAAAUUGGAAGGUAAGAGCUGAGGCAGUAUCAAAGAUUCAAACGAUUGUCAGUUCAGCCCAGAGCAUUACGCCAAACCUUGGUGAAUCACCCAUCCCUAUUGCUGCUCGAAUCAACGAUAGCAAUUCAAAAAUAGCUGCAAGUGCGAUCGCACUUGUAGAAUCGUUAGCACACGCCAUCGGGCCUUCUUGUAAACAACAUGUACGAGUAUUUUUACCAGCAUUAAUCAAAGUUAUGGGAGAUACAAAGCCAUGGAUCAAAAAUGCCGUCAUUCCAUGUCUUAACACUUGGGGUGAAACAGGAGGUUACAAAGAAUUUUUUGAAGGUGAAAUAAUUGCAGAUGCUUUAAAAUCUGGUUCGCCAUCACUACGUUCAGAAUUAUGGGCUUGGCUCAGUGAAAAAUUGCCAAAUAUCCCUCUGAGAACCAUCCCCAAGGAUGAGUUAACAGCCUGUCUACCGACAUUAUAUGCUAAUUUGGAAGACAGAAAUGCCGAAGUGAGAAAAAAUGCUUGUGAAGCCGUUCUAGGAUUUAUGAUGCACUUAGGUUUUAACAAUAUGUCCUCUGCAUGUGAUAAUAUGAAGGGUGCUAGUGGGGUCCAAGUGAAACAGAUACUGGAGAAAACACGAGGUAGUGUACCUGAAAGGGCAGUACCGAAAUCAAAAAGUUCUCCUGAAAAAAGCAGCGCCAAACCGUCAAUCGGAAAGUUAGCACCAGGAUCGUCAGCAACUAUUACUAAAUCGACGAAAUCAAAGGGAAAUGCUGUCGUAAAGUCUGCAGGCAGUAGGAAGAAAGACGAAGACGUUGAUAACAGUCCUUUACUACAAGUCAAUAACUUAAAACAUCAGAGAGUUAUCGAUGAACAAAAGUUAAAGACUCUAAAGUGGAAUUUCGUUUCACCACGUUCUGAAUUCAUUGAAUUACUUAAAGAACAAAUGCUAUCUGCUAAUGUGAAUAAAACAUUGAUUGCAAACAUGUUCCACACAGAUUUUAAAUACCAUUUACGAGCUAUAGAUGCACUAACAGAGGAUCUACCAACCAAUCGAGCAGCUUUAAUAAGUAAUCUAGACUUGAUUUUACGCUGGAUGACGAUACGAUUUUUCGAUACAAAUCCUUCAGUGCUGUUGAAAGGACUUGAAUAUUUAAAUACAGUAUUUAAUGUCCUCAUCGAGGAAGAGUACAAUAUGCUGGAUAGUGAAGCUUCAGCAUUUUUCCCAUAUUUGAUUUUAAAGGUUGGAGAUCCAAAGGAUACUGUUAGAAUCAGCGUGCGUGCUUUGUUCAAACAGAUCGGGGCAGUGUAUCCGUUGACCAAGCAAUUUGUUUAUAUAAUGGAAGGUGUUAAAUCGAAGAAUGCACGUCAAAGAGCUGAAUGCUUGGAACAAUUGUGUUGGCUCAUUGAUAAUUAUGGGCUCAAUGUGUGUCAUCCUUCACCUCAAGUGUCUUUGAAAGAAAUAGCCAAACAUAUUUCGGACAGAGACACUUCAGUCCGUAAUGCUGCAUUGAAUCUUGUUGUUACGGCGCAUUUUCUCGAAGGAGACAAAGUGUUAAAAAUGGUUUCUCACAUAUCUGAGAAAGACUUCAGUCUUUUAGAAGAAAGGAUUAAAAGGGCAAACAAGAACCGACCCAUUGCCAGUGUUAAACCAUUGUUUCAGCCCGUAACCACUCGGGAUCAACAACAGGAACAUUUAGAGUCAGAAAUGCAAGAAGAAAUGUAUGAAGAUGAAGAACAACCUCAAUCACCACGCCAAUAUCAGCAGAUUCAAACAAACAUAAACGCCUCAAGAGUAUCAGAAGUUUCAAGCGAGCCUGGAAAUAUGACCUUUACCUUGGAGAUGAUUAAAGGAUUUGAUUUAAACACCGUCCCUUGUAAUCAAACAUUGACAUUGGAACCUGAAGUGGCGCCCAAAGUUCCGUCUAAUUGCACUGUAACAAUUGAAUCGGAAAUGGCACAAACACUCGAUAUGAGUGUUGAUGAAAUUAUGGAAGUGGCCGAAUUAAAAACAAGCCCGGCUAACUUAUCACCAGCACCAGGGCCGUACGAUUUGGACCAGCAUGUUAUUGAGGAAAUCGAGUGUGCUCCUGAAACACUUCAAGUGCCAAAACUAGCAGAUAUUGAUUUGCAAUUUCUCAAAGGUCCAAGUACACAAGCGACCAUAAUAAAACCCAUACAAAUGCCAAAAAUGACGCCAACUCUGCUGAAUUUUACAAAGCCGACAGCUAUUAAAUGGGAGCUCGCACAGAUUGCAAGCAGCGAUAUCGAAAAAGCCAUGGCUUCAAUUAUGCAAAUUGAUACAGUUUUGAAUUCAGAGAAGAGAAAUCAUUUGUCUGGAUUUGUUGAUUACAUGGUCCAACAGUUAGUGCACCAGCUCAUAAUAUUGAACCAAAGCGCUCAUCCUGAGGUUGUCAACGGCUACAGAGCCAACUUUUCAUUACUCCUCAAGCUCUGCAAUUAUUCCUCCUUGUGCGGUGAAAUACAAGAAGAGACAUUGUAUAAAAUCAUUGAACAGCUGUUGUUACUCUUGGCAGAAAAGAAGACAGUUACAUUAGAGAAACAUGAACUAUUUACAAGAGUGGUCAAUGCUCUUGUUCUUAAGUUGUUGGAUCAUGCAAAUAAAACAAACAUCAUGUGUGCGCUCAUAAAAUUGCUUUAUGAUGCUAUAAACAAUCCAGAAGCGAGCAGCCAUUUCCAGGAACUUACCAUUAAAUCACUUUGGAAGUUGAAUAGAACUCAACCAGAUUGGGAUCAUGAGUUGGAUUACGCUAGAGUAUUGAUACAGUUUAACAAUUUUCUCAGGGAUUUUCCAACAGCAUGGUGGAAAACUCAAGAUGCUGAUGUUCCUUUACGCACAGUGAAAACGUUGUUGCACUCAAUGGUUCGAAUUCGAGGGCUGGAAGUCAAAGAAACGUUGAAGAAUAUCCCAUCAAUAUCAUCUGAAUCUGAACUCGUGUGUUAUGUCAAAAAGUUGAUCAGGCGUCUUAAGAUUGAUGAAAGUGUUGAAGGAACGGCAUCUCCACAACGAAGUUAUUCUAUCACUUCAUCGAAAGAGAAUGAUUCAAAUACCCAGAACACACAUACUACCAAUGUCUCGACUCCUCACAGGAUACCGAAAGAAAUCCAGGAGGAGCUUUCGGAAAUAUUCAAAAUGCUUGGAGACACAGAAUUGACACAGGAGGGUAUAAAACGUCUCUUUAUUGUCCAGAAAACACAUCCGGAAUCAGUGCAACAGUGUAUAGCUAAAACUACUCCAGUAUUUCAACAGUACAUUAUGAGGGGCCUGGCAUCACUCGAACAACAACAGUACGAUCAAGCUAACAGUAACCGUGUUUACAACAGGAAAUCAUUUGCCGACCCUAUGGAUCAUAAUAAGCAAGAAAACGCUCACACAUUGAAUAAGAAACAAUUCAGCAAAGAAGCUGAGAGAUUGUGGAACAGACUCCAUCAUUUACAAGAGAAAGCUGGUUGUCAUGUGGAAAAACAAAAUGAAGAAACAAAAGAAAGCACUAAAGAAAAGACUGUGUCCCAUGAGGCUUGUGAAACCAGCGAUGUUGAACUUCAAUCUCUUAGAGAUAGACUGGAAAUGAUAAAAACCAACAUGGGUUAAAGGGCAAUUGUUUUAAGUUAUUGUGUUCUCUCCAUCGUUAUGUUUAAAAAAAAGUUAGUCCUACAUUAACGAUAUUAUAAUUUUUUGUAAUGGUUUAUUUUUUAAAAGUAAUUAUUAUUAACAGACUUUUUUUUACAAUUACAUUUUUGAUAAGAACAUUAAACUUUUAGAUGUAAAUAAUUGUAUUUUCUGUUGUAUAAAAAGUAUUUGUGUAAAAUAUUGCAGCCCACGAUGACCUUAAAUAAUUAAUGUUAAGUAGAAUAACUGAGAAAUUAUUUAUUUAUUGGCAUUGUAGUUUAGCAAUUGUGCUGUGGUACAAGAAUACUCAUUAAUUCCAUCCUUCAUUUGUAACAGGCCCUUUUGUUGUCAAAAAUUGUCAUUAUGUUAAUAGGCAAUUUGUUAUAAUUAAUAUGUAAAAAUUUAGACUGAUUCAUAAAUUAUAUUGCCAGUUUAAUUGUAAAUUUUCACAGUGUUAAUGUUUUAUUUUAA